ACAUCACUGUCCCAUUUGAACACUAGUGGAUUUUUUACAACAAACUUUAUGAGGGCAUAAAUACACUGUGAAGCAUUACUCAGAAUGACCAACUCCUUAAACAGAUGUCUACAAGAUGAUCAUGGGUAAUGAAUGUAAAGACAACUGGAAUAAACUGCGGAAAGCGUACAUCCAGGCUAAACACCGUAGAGCCACAAAAUCAGGUCAGGCAGCAGAGAGUUUGAGCAAAUGGAAAUUUGAAGAUGAAAUGGCUUUUUUGAAUCCAACUCUCGUAACAAGGAAAACUCGAGGAAAUGCGGAAGACAGCCCCAAUAAUGAAGAUUAUGAUGGAACACGAGAAGAAACUGGCUUAUGUCCGAUUGAUGAAACAGACUCACAAGUGGCCUUGUCAAAAAGUUCCCAAUCCAAUCCACCAAGAAACGACCUACUGAAAAGUGCAGUCCCUACAAUGGCGCAGGCCAUCGACAAUCCCACUGUUAAUGUAUCAGAUUCUCCAACAACUUUUACUCAACCUUCAGCGAAGCCCGUUCAAAACAAACUGUCGGAACAUACAAUGCAGACGAAGUACUUGUUUGAUGCUGCUAUACGUCAGGCCAAUGUGACCGCAGCUUCACGUCUGACGUGGCCCCACGCUGCCUGA